UCGUUGUCUGUCGGUCUGCCUGUCAGACCUGAUCGGAAGAGUGUGCGUAUGUUUUUAACAUCGUUUAUUCGGUUUUCGUUAAUUAAUCGUUGAACGCGUCGUGUCGCAAAUGUUUAUAAAGGUAUAUUUUAAAAGGUCUAGUCAUCCAUUGGUCACUGCUGCGGAAAAUUUCUGAUUAAUCCGUUAUCCGUUGGACCGAAUUUUGCCGGUUUUUUGCGCCGCAACAAUAUCAAGAUGUUGACAUAAACGGUGGCGUACGACUGGAGGUCGUGUCAACCCCYAGGGACCACGGAGACGACGAUGACGACGACAACGGCUGCGAUGGAUACGACUGGAGCCGUUGGAGUUGUUGGAGGAGUAGGAGGGGGUGUUCUUGGUGUCGGAAAACAGCAGCGCAGAGCGUGGCGCAGACAGAGCUUGAAACAAUACAUAAGAGCCCCGACCCAGGACACGGUGGAGAGAACGCCGAAAAAAUGGGCGAGCCUUCGACAGCACCGCAAAACAGCAGAAGAGUCUAUAACGGAAAUGGAAUCAUCACCGCAAACACAAAGACGCACUAAUUGGGCGGUUUAUCAACAUUUUUCCACAGCUUCUGACUCGCCAACUCCUUUGCUGAGCCGCGGUGCCAGCGAAACAGUCAAUUACUCGGAAUCCGAUCAGCAGCCAGACGCGUGCGAAAGGGUUUCACUGUCACCCAACAACAAGUUCGUGCCCGGUCUGUCGGACGAAAAUGGAGACAUUCUACGCGAUUUUUCCAAGCUCGGAUGUUGCCAAAAGAUCACCACGCUGUUGACUUCAUCCCAUCAGUUCAAUAAUUUACAGGUGGAAAUGUUGUACCAAAGAUAUUUUCUGCGAACUAACCAAAGCCACAUGGUCCAUUUGUUGGUGCUGCUCUGUAUACUGUUUACGUGUAUGGCCAUAGCAGUUGUCCUUUCCGACUAUGAGACUCAGGUUCAAUGUUCCUUGCUACUGUUGUGUUGUAUACUUAUUUACCUAGUCAUAAUAGGCAUAGUUUCGCGGUCCGGRUUGAACGAAGUAUACCUAAGUUUCGURUCCUACGUGGUGCUAGCCACUUUCCUGCUGAUCGAGUUGUCUUUCGGCGUGCUUACCAGAUCCCAAGCCGUCACCGUACCCACGUUAGUGUUCGUCUACAUUUCUUACAGUUUGCUUCCGGUCAAGUUACAGUAUGCCAUUGUGGCUGGCACUAUUUUCAUGUUGUCGCAGUUAAUAUUCACCCUGUCAAUGGAACACGGCCUAUCAAAACAGAGUUUUAUUAAUUUGCUAUUGUUGGCGUGCACAAACGUGACUGGUGUAAUGAUGCAUUACCCGAACGAAGUGGCAAAGAGACAAGCAUUCUUGGAGACYAGACAAUGCGUCCAGGCGAGACUGACUACGCAAAAAGUUAAUCAACAACAGGAGAGGCUGCUUUUGUCAGUAUUGCCCCGGCAUGUCGCUAUGGAAAUGAAGGCUGACAUCGCCGGUAAACGUCAUGACAGCAUGUUCCACAAGAUUUAUAUACAAAAGCACGAGAAUGUCAGCAUUUUGUUCGCGGACAUAUGCGGUUUCACUAGUUUAUCCGAUCAGUGUACAGCUCAAGAGCUCGUAAGGCUACUUAACGAAUUAUUUGCGAGGUUCGACCGAUUGGCUCAAGAAAAUGCGUGUUUGCGAAUCAAACUGUUGGGAGACUGUUAUUACUGCGUGAGCGGUCUGCCCGAGCACAGGCCGGACCACGCCAACUGUUGCGUCCAGAUGGGUUUGGACAUGAUCGACGCUAUAACUUUGGUGAGGGACGUGAUGGACGUUAACGUCAACAUGAGGGUAGGAAUACACUCGGGUCGUGUGCACUGCGGCGUCCUGGGACUUUGCAAAUGGCAGUUCGACGUGUGGUCGAACGACGUGACGUUGGCGAAUCAAAUGGAAAGUGGUGGAAUACCCGGGAGAAUACAUAUUACUGCGGACACUCUCAAGUAUUUGGGCAACGCUUACCAAGUAGAACCUGGCAAUGGUGGCGAGAGAAAUGCAUUUCUAAAGGAUCACAACAUUGAAACGUACCUUAUAGUGCCACCGGAAACAACUUAUGUAUCACAAUACUACAAAAAACAGAGUCCUGGUCAUGCUCAUAAUGGCAAUAUAUCAAAAGAAUUCAGAAUCAUGGGACAUAACCAACGUCAUAAUACAUUUACAUGGUCCUAUUUGUUGUUGGGAUGUUUAAUAUUCGGAUGGCUGACGAUCUCCCUGUCGGCGGCAGUAAUCUUUCGCAAUCGUCUGAUGGAACUAUACCAUGAGCAGUGUGACAGCGUGUGCAUAAUGUUCGCGUCCAUACCGAACUUCUCCGAAUUUUACGUAGAAUUGGAGGCCAACAACGAGGGCGUCGAGUGCUUGCGACUGCUGAACGAGAUCAUUGCCGACUUCGACGAGCUGCUCAGUGAACCGCGUUUUCAGUGCAUUGAGAAAAUCAAGUCGACCGGCGCUACGUACAUGGCCGCUUCCGGACUGACCAGACACACUUGCGACAGCAAACAGUACUCACAUGUCACCGCCAUGGCMGACUACGCGCUCAGACUCCGCGAGCAGUUGGCAUACGUUAACGAACACUCGUUCAACAAUUUCCGCAUCAGAAUUGGUAUAAAUAUCGGUUCUGUGGUGGCGGGUGUGAUAGGGGCUAGAAAACCUCAGUACGACAUAUGGGGAAACGCCGUGAACGUGGCAAGCCGAAUGGAUUCGACCGGAGUGUUGGAUAAAAUACAAGUGACCGACGAAGUGUACGAAAUAUUGAAGCUAAAAGGAUACCCGUUGACUUGUCGCGGUGUCAUCGAGGUGAAAGGCAAAGGAAACAUGGUUACCUAUUUUUUGGACAAUUAUGCUCAACAAAAUUAACCGAUGUUGACAUACGUAUUGUUAUUGUUGUUAUUACGAAUCAUAUAAUUAUAUAUGUAUAUAUUAUUAUUAUCGUUGUAAAUAAAAA